GAGCCUGCCUGGCCGGCCGCGGUACCCCCAGCCAGUGCCGCGGCUCUGGGGGGGCUCCCGCGGCCCACCAGCGGUAAAGGCGCUGAGUGCCUCGCUGCUGGGAGCGGGAGCGCCCUGCGUCACAAAGCCGAGGGGUUAGGAGACGCUUCUGUGGGGAGGGCCUCGGGCAGGGGCUGGAAAGCGGCUUAGGGGGAUGGGACACGAAGCGCCGUAUUGCCGCGGGGCGAGGGACCGGCCUGCGCCGUCCCCUAGGGCGAGCGGGGCCUACGGCGUUGGGCCGCAGCCGGUCGCCUUCCCUCAGGUCGGGAAGUCCCAGCCCGAACCCGUCGGCCGCUCGUUUUGUCCCGGCCCGCCGCCUCCCGCCGACACAAAGCGGCCACGAAGAACAGGCGCUGGGCUCGGCUUAGCUGCCGUAUGCCGUUUGGACGUCUAGAGUUACAGCUUCAGGCACUUCAGUUGCUGUCGUGUUAAUUAGGAAGUUGCGUGCGAGCUUUAGAUGUCUUAAUUUUUUAUUUUUUUAAUGAGCUCGAAUAUAAGCGUUAUUUUGAACCUUAAUCUUAUUAGAUUUUCUCAAUGCAUGGAAGAAAGAAAAGCAUUUGGAUAGUUACACUCGUGCACCUAAACACUGCCAACAUUUUUUUUUUCUUUUUUUUUAAACCCAUGUAAUAACGUUUGUUCCACUUUAAAAUGUGGACUGUUUUGCAGGAAAAUAAUUAAGACUGUUUUGAGAAUACAGCCCCUCUUUGUGAUCAGUGCUGGCAUUCAGGGAGACUUGUUCAGCGUUCUUUGUAGCAUGCAGUUUAUUGUUGGAUUAUUAAAUUCUUGAGGCAGGCGUAUUGCUAUGUAUAGCAACAGAGUGGCACCUUCAGCAUGAGGAUUUACUUUGUAACAUGCAAAUCCAAAUGCUCCAGUGUCAGUAAUAAAAAUAAGCCCUCUUCAACACCUGUUGGUUUCUUCCUAUUAAGUAACUUCUCACAAAUGUAGAAAGGUUACGGUAUGAAAGACCAUCUGGACCUACAGUAUGUGCAGUGUUAUAAUUAAGUACAACUGUCCUUGUUAUUAAUGUAAAAAUCUUAACAUUAUCAGAUUAUGUAAUAUUUUAGAUUCCUCCCCUUUUCUCUCUCUCAUUUUGCAGUGAUGGACUGAAGCUUGAAACUGAAGUGCUGGAUGGAAAGCCUAGGCUAAUUUUAGCUGCUUCUGAUAAAUCAAAGCCUGCAAUGAAGAUGGGUAAUAAAGCCAGAGCACCUAAACAGGCAUUGAGAAUAAGGCAUACGGGGCAUGUUCUGAGGUCAACACAAAUUGCUUGUCUCAAGCAGGAAAACUUAACAAAACCAAGGAGUGAAUCAAGCUUAUCAAUGACAAAAGGUGAAAAACUGCAAGUUACUAAACACUCCUCACAUGAAGCUGCAGCUAAAGAUCACUCUUUGAUUUUUCAAAGAGAUAGCACAAACAGAUACCCUGAUUCAGAGAAUCCUGAUGGUGUUAAAAAAAGUAAAGAGAAACCACAAACCCCAUGUGUAUCAGCUGAAGACCUGAGAAGUUUGGUGUGUUUAACACAAGAACAGCUUCAACAGAUUUUGAUGACUGUAAAAGAAGGAACUAGAAGCAUCUCUGAGACUCAUAAUGAAAAGCAAGAGAAAAUGGCUACUAAUGAGGCAUCAGAGGAAAACAUUAUCACACUGCUCCAAAAAACUUGUGAAGUUUCAUCUGUUCCAGGUGAAGCUAACUCCGAUUCAAGCAGGAAACAAGAAGCAUAUCUGCAGCCAGAACAGAAAGUUAUAAAGGAUUCGUGGAAACCUGCUGACAUGUUUAGUACCUUGGGUGAAAGAGAAGGGGAGAAAGCCUUAUUAGAAUUUAGAAAAAACCAGUGGAAGAAGGAAUUAGAUGAACAGGUAGCAUUGAAGAAGAAACUGAAAGAAACUUUGAAGGGAGAGGUGGGUUAUUUCUGGGCAAAAGCUGGCAAUAAUAAAACCCAUAAAGAGAAGGUGGAAACACCUGACCCAGAUAAGACAGUGUUCCCAGCUGACUCAAUUAUUGCCACUGAGAAAAACUGUGUCUGUACAACUGCUUUAACCACAGGGGCUAAUAACGUUCCCCUGAAUAUUUCAAGUGCUCCAGCUGGACAGUCUUCUGAUUUCACUUCUUCUGACUUACCAGCUGUCAGUUGCACAGCAUUUGCUUUUGGGGAAGCUGUGCCACAGGAGCAACCUUUUAGUGCUUUGAAGCAUGAGCAACAGAAGAAGUGGCUUGAGGAAUUGGACAAACAGAGGGAAGAAGCUAAGCUACGAAAAAUAGAAGAAAAACUUAAUUUAUCAAAGGCUGAAGAGCAUGACAGAUGGGCAAUGCAUUUUGAUUCUUUAAAGAACCACCUUAAUGCUAAUGCGCAGCACCCCUUAAAUGGAAUGUACAAAAAGCAGCCUGAAACUCUUUGCCUGUCACCUGACCCUAAGGAGCUGACUGCUUUUAUUCACCCUUUUUCACCUGCAGCUUUAGGCAACCUCAUGCCCUUAAAGGUGGGAAAUGCAGAAAAAGCUGCUAAAAACAGUGCUUUGGAACACAAUCAGAAAGUCAGUUUCCUCCGUUCAAUGACAGCUCUCCUGGACCCUGCACAGAUUGAAGAGAGAGACAGGCGGCGGCAGAAACAGUUAGAACAUCAGAAAGCAAUAAUGGCUCAGGUGGAAGAAAAACGGAAGAAGAAACAGCUGGAGGAAGAGCAGAGAAAAUGGGAAGAACGAGAGGAAGAACAGCGCCUAGCACGAGAAAAAGAACAUCUGCAGAAACAGUUUGAAGAAGAUAUGCUGAAACAAAAACAAAAGGAGGAAUUGGUAACUCUCAAAACAAAUGAGCUCUAUCAGACAAUGCAGAAAGCUCAAGAACUAGCACAGAGAUUAAAACAAGAAGAGCGCAUUCGAGACUUGGCUCAAAAGGGACACGACAUUUCAAAACUUCAGAAGAAUCUUGGUGGUGGUGAUACAGAAUUUGAAAAUUGUAAUACUGGCAUUUCACAUGAAAGUCAUAAUUUUUCUGAUGACAUCAAGAGUCAUAAUGAUCAUCAGACUUCUCCUCGGAAAGACACUGCUGUACAGACAGAUUACUUUAAUACUUCAGCAUAUCCUGAGUCAGCUGAGGAUAGAACUGUGUGUUGUGGGUCACCUGAUAUUUCCGUAGAAUACAAAGAAACCUCUACCAGCAAAAAACACCAGAAGGAAAUGCAGUAUAUAGAUAAACAUAAAAUUUCAGGAAAAGAGACUGGUGGUAUUUACCGGGAUCUAUAUGAACAAUAUGCAAGAAAAGAAAAACAAAUUAAACCUUCAGAAAAGUACAGCAAAAAACCAGACUGGAACAUAAACAAGCCUGGGAAAAGAUACAUUCCGGCAUCAGAAAGAUACCCUAAACAGCUACAAAAACAAAGGGAAGAAAACAAAGUAAGGCGACAAAUGGAGCUGCUUCAGUUGGUAGAAAGAAAUACCCCUGGGAAUCUCUGCCCUAAAAAGGGUGGUUCUUCAGACAGGUCUCCUUCACCUCAUGAAGAAACAAAUACGAAGAAUAAGGGACACAGAGUCAGAAAGGAAGAACAAUUACAUAAGAAUCAUUUAAAUGAAGAAAGAUCUGAAUCACCACCUGUUCCAGCAGUUAAGAACAGAUUACACCAAGUACAACAAAAACAGAUACCUGCUUCUAAUUUCCUGGUGUAUCACCACAACAGUGGAAGAGAGAAAAAUAUCAAGACAGAUACACAGCAGAGGAGCUCCCCUCCUCCUGUUACAGAAGCUGGAAGACCUCCCUCUUCACAAUUUAUUCCGUAUGUUCGAACAAAUGAAGUAUAUUAUCUUGAUCCAGAUGCACCAGUGACUAGACCUUCAACACAUGACCCACAGUAUCAACAGUUUAAUGAUUCUUAUCAAGCACCACGACAGAUUUUUAGCUCUGAUCAUGUUAGAGAUCCUCUUCUAAAUCCUGAUGUAGUUAAAGUCAGAGAGAGACAACAAGCAAUUCUCAAAGGACUGUCAAAAUUACGCCAGGGCCUCCUGCAGAAGCAGAAGGAGUUGGAGAGUGCCCUGAUUCCAGCUAUAGCUCAAGAAGAAAACUUUCUUUUGCCAUUUUGAGAGGUACAGAUGAAUGUUCUGAAUUCUUAAAAUGUAAAUGCACAGCACUUUGCUACUGUAAGUAAUUAUGAAUCUUCUCUUUUUUAUGGAAUACUUAAAUUAUGUGAAUUUUGAUAAGAUUACAGGGUCAUGAUGCUUUUCAUAUUGAAGAUACAUUAAACUAAUGAUGGUGUGUCUGUUUAGAAUGGUCUUCAUGCUAAUUGAAGAGUAUGUCCAUUUAAUGUAAACCACCAAAACAGUAUA